AUUCUAAUUAUUCCUCACAACUAAUACAAUUGCUUUUCCACCCAAAUGGCACAGAACGGCGCUGCAAAGUCGAACCCGUUUGGAAACUACUCGUUCAUGGAGGCGCAGGGCACAAAGACGACCAAAACCGAGCCAACAACGCCGAUGGCUAUGAAGGAGAGUCCGUUCGGCAACUACAGCUUCAGAGAAGCCCAGCAGAGCAGGAAUGCCGCUGAGCCCUCGUCGCCAAUAUCAAGCCGGUCCAACAACUUCCGCACGGACGACACAGCACCAGUGCAGAACACCAGCAGCAUCCAUUCGUUUAUGGCAGCGAAGCCCGAGAAGCCCAUAGCCUUCGAAGGGUACUCGUUCUCAGAGGCACAAGGCGACAGCCCCAGCAUCGGCUGACCCGGCAAUACCAGCCAUCCGGGGGAGCAGGCCAUAGAUACUUCGCGAAUAUCCGACUUGGCAGACGCAGGAGGCAGUAGCCAGUCGGUGCUUCCGUAUGACACUCU